AUCACCUCAGCCGUUCCUGCGGGUAAUGAGUAUGGGCUCGCGCUGGAGUCGCGGCUCUGUCUCCAUUAAAAUAACAUGGCUUUUCUUUUUCUUUGGCUUUACUGUUUGUGUCACACAGGGGGCCCCCAGCAGCGAAGUGAACCUGCUGGACUCGCGCUCUAUAAUGGGUGACCUCGGAUGGAUAGCCUACCCGAAGAACGGGUGGGAAGAAAUUGGAGAGGUGGAUGAAAACUAUGCCCCAAUUCACACGUAUCAGGUGUGUAGAGUGAUGGAGCACAACCAGAACAACUGGCUUCAGACGAGCUGGAUCCUCAACGAAGGCGCUCAGCGAGUGUUCGUGGAGCUCAAGUUCACUCUGAGGGACUGUAACAGCCUGCCUGGCGGCUUAGGCACCUGUAAAGAGACUUUCAACGUCUACUACUACGAGUCCAAUGACGACGACGACAGGAACAUCCGCGAAAGCCAGUACACGAAGAUCGACACCAUCGCAGCCGAUGAAAGCUUCACUGAGCUGGAUCUGGGUGACCGAGUGAUGAAACUAAACACCGAAGUAAGAGAUGUCGGACCUCUCACUAAGAAAGGCUUCUACCUGGCCUUCCAAGACCUGGGAGCCUGCAUCGCCCUCGUAUCUGUGCGGGUCUUUUACAAAAAGUGUCCCACAGUGGUGAAGAACUUGGCCGUCUUCCCAGAUACCAUUACCGGGUCAGACUCUUCUCAGCUUCUGGAGGUGUUGGGGACCUGCGUCAAUAACUCGGUGGCCGAAGAGCUUCCCAGAAUGCACUGCAGUGCCGAGGGGGAGUGGCUGGUGCCCAUCGGGAGGUGCAUGUGCCAAGCAGGCCAUGAGGAAGUUAAUGGUUCCUGUCAAGGUUGCCCACCAGGAACACAUUCAACAAAUCAGGGAACUAGGACAUGCAGUAAGUGUCCGCCUCACAGCUUCACGAAAACAGAGGGCUCCACUUCCUGUCAGUGUGAGCAUGGCUACUACAAGAAAGACACAGACCCAACCAACAUGGCCUGCACAAAGCCGCCUUCAGCCCCACGCAACGCCAUUUCAAAUGUAAACGAGACAAGCGUGUUGCUGGAGUGGAGCGCCCCGGAGGAGAUGGGUGGCAGGAAGGAUGUGACCUACAGCGUGGUCUGCAGGAAGAUGAGUGCCGAGUCGAGGCAGCACGAGCCGUGUAGCAGCCACGUGCGCUACCUUCCCCAGCGUACGGGCCUGAGCAACACGUCAGUCAUGGUGCUCGACCUGCUCGCCCACACAAACUACACCUUUGAGGUAGAGGCUGUGAACGGUGUCUCCGAGCUCACCAAACCACUGCGUCAAUACGUUUCUCUUAACGUCACAACCAACCAGGCUGCUCCAUCUCCCGUCACUGUGGUGAAGAGAGGAAAGAUGGCGAAGAACAGCAUCGCUGUGUCCUGGCAGGCACCAGACAGACCCAACGGCAUCAUCCUGGAGUACGAGAUCAAGUACUUUGAGAAGAAUCAGGAGACCAGUUACACUAUCGUCAAGUCAAAGGAGACGGAGGUUGUGGUGGAUGGGCUGAAACCGUCCUCAGCAUAUAUCUUUCAGAUCAGAGCUCGCACCUCAGCAGGCUACGGAAGCUUCAGUCGACGCUUUGAUUUUGAAACCGGUCCAUACUUGUCUGCCUCCAGAGAUCAGGGCCGUGUGCCCGUCAUUGCCGUGGCUGUUACACUGGGUAUCAUCCUGCUGGCGCUGAUCACCGGCUUUCUGCUCAGUGGCAGACGCUGCGGCUACAGUAAAGCAAAGCAGGAUCCCGACGAGGAGAAGAUGCACUUCCAUAAUGGCCACAUCAAAUUCCCCGGAGUGCGUACAUAUAUUGAUCCUCACACCUACGAAGAUCCCAACCAAGCUGUCCACGAGUUUGCUAAAGAGAUUGAUGUCUCUUGCGUUACAAUAGAGCGUGUGAUAGGAGCUGGCGAGUUUGGAGAAGUGUGUAGUGGGCCACUGAGACUGCCAGGGAAAAGAGAGAUCGUGGUGGCUAUUAAGACACUGAAAGCAGGGUACACUGAGAAGCAGAGACGAGACUUCCUGGCCGAGGCCAGCAUCAUGGGCCAGUUCGAUCACCCUAACAUCAUCCACCUGGAGGGCGUGGUCACUAAAAGCAAGCCAGUGAUGAUCAUUACAGAGUACAUGGAGAAUGGAUCUCUUGAUACUUUUUUAAAGAAGAAUGACGGACAAUUCACAGUGAUCCAGCUGGUUGGCAUGCUGCGUGGCAUUGCUUCGGGCAUGCGCUACCUCUCCGACAUGGGCUAUGUGCACCGCGACCUGGCCGCCCGUAACAUCUUGGUCAACAGCAACCUGGUGUGUAAGGUGUCCGACUUUGGCCUGUCUCGAGUGCUAGAAGACGACCCGGAGGCAGCCUACACCACCCGCGGAGGGAAGAUUCCCAUCAGAUGGACAGCACCGGAGGCUAUUUCUUACAGGAAGUUCACUUCAGCCAGCGACGUCUGGAGCUACGGAAUUGUCAUGUGGGAGGUGAUGUCAUACGGUGAAAGACCCUACUGGGAGAUGAGCAAUCAAGAUGUGAUAAAAGCUGUAGAGGAGAGCUACAGGCUGCCGGGCCCUAUGGACUGCCCCACAGCUCUCUACCACCUCAUGAUGGACUGCUGGCAGAAGGACAGGAACAGCCGGCCGAAGUUUGAUGAGAUAGUGAGCCUCUUGGACAAGCUCAUACGCAACCCAAGCAGCCUGAAAAGCCUCGUCAAUCCCUCCAACAGGGUGUCCAAUUUAUUAGUGGAGCAUGGCACUGCAGAGCUUUGUGCGUUCAGCUCUGUAGGGGAAUGGUUAGAUGCCAUAAAAAUGGGUCGAUACACUGAGCUUUUCAUGGAAAGUGGAUACACUUCACUGGACGUAGUCACUCAAAUGACCUUAGAAGAUUUGAGGAAGGUCGGAGUCACUCUGGCUGGGCACCAGAAAAAGAUCCUCAACAGUAUCCAGGAGAUGCGGGUCCAGAUGACGAAUGCCACUAUUCCUGUCUGAGGCGGCUCUCAGAGCUGUCCAACCUACAGUAGUAGCCUAGCACUUUUUCACCAGGGACACUUAUUUAUUGAAUAUGGAACUAUUCAACUCUUAAAUGGAAAUGACUCGAUAUUCCUGAGGAACAAAAUGAGGAUUGGCUUGAUGGCUGGACAGAGAGUUGUGUGUGUGUGUGCUCGUUUAUGCACUGCUCAUCAGCCUCCUGACAGCUUUGACAGGACUGAGUUAGACGUGUUGGCAAUGAAACGUUUGGAAAAGUGUCGCACAU